GGAGCGGAUGGUGACGUGUUUACCGGAAGACUUGCGCGCAUGCGCUGUCAACCUCAACGCGAGGAGUAGGGAGCGGGCCACGGUGUUAACCGCAAUAAUAAAACAAGAUGGCUGGAUUGCCCCGCAGAAUUAUUAAGGAGACGCAGCGCUUGAUGGCGGAGCCUGUGCCUGGGAUCAAAGCAGAGCCGGAUGACGGGAACGCUCGGUAUUUCCAUGUGGUCAUCGCCGGCCCGCAGGAUUCGCCCUUCGAGGGUGGGACGUUCAAACUGGAGCUGUUCCUCCCGGAGGAAUAUCCCAUGGCUGCCCCGAAGGUCCGAUUCAUGACCAAAAUCUACCACCCCAAUGUGGACAAACUGGGGAGGAUCUGUCUGGACAUCCUGAAAGAUAAGUGGUCUCCAGCUCUCCAGAUCCGUACAGUGCUUCUCUCUAUCCAGGCUCUCCUCAGCGCUCCGAACCCGGAUGACCCGCUGGCCAAUGAUGUAGCUGAACAGUGGAAGAGCAACGAGGCUCAAGCCAUUGAAACCGCCCGAACAUGGACCAGGCUUUAUGCCGGCAACAACAUUGAAGUUUAGAAGAAGGAAAAGGUGGCAUCAAGUGAGAGAAGUGGAACAAUCUCCUCCUGUCUUCUUUUGCAUUUAAAGAACACUUUCUCAGACAAAUUAAAACAGCAAACGAAA